GCUUCAAUUUACAAUUGAGUCCUCUGGGCGUAUUCUGUUCUAUAUAUAUGCAUGUGGUGCUUACUAUUGAGUUACUACUUAUCAGAUAGCCGGAGUCUGUAGAUAGGGAAGAAAAAAAAAAGCCUAUGGCUGUGGCAGAAGAAGUGAAGCUGUUUAGGACUUGGUCAAGUCCAUUUGGAUUGAGAGUGUUGUGGGCACUAAAACUGAAGGGGAUUGAGUAUGAUGAAGAGUUGGAAGAUCUUUCCAACAAGAGCUCCUUGCUUCUGCAGUAUAAUCCUGUUUACAAGAAGAUCCCUGUACUUGUUCACAAUGGAAAACCCAUCUGUGAGUCUCUUCUCAUUCUUGAAUACCUGGAGGAGACUUGGAAACAAACUCCAUUGCUUCCUGAAGAUCCUCGCCAGCGAGCCUUGGCUCGCUUCUGGGCUAAGUUCGGUGAUGAAAAGGUCUUUGAAACAAUGAGAAUGGGUAUUCUCUUAAAGCAAGGAAAAGAACAAGAAGAAGCAAUAGUUUCAACCAUAGAGAACUUGAAAUAUUUGGAAGAAGAGCUAAAGGGAAAGAAAUUCUUUGGAGGAGAGACCAUUGGACUUGUAGAUAUUGCAUUGGGUUGGCUUGCUUACCACUUCAAUGUAGUUGAGGAGAUAAUUGGUGUGAAAUUGAUAGAACAACAAAAAUUCCCAUUAUUAGUGGCAUGGAUGCAAGAAUUCUCAAAUAUCCCAACAAUCCAAGAAAGUUGGCCUCCAAGAGACAAACUCUUUGAUAGGUUUGCUGGCUUUCGUAAGGCUGCCCUUGGAGAAGAACACACACCAAAAUGAGCUCAUAUUAUUUGUGAAAAUUACUAUAGAGUGGUAUUAAUUUUAUGCAAGAUUUAUCAAGAAUAAACACCCCCUUUACUUGUUAUGUUUGUGUA